AUGCCCGCGGAGAGCCCCAUGAUUGGCUCGGCAUUUUGUCGAACAGGGCAUGGGCGCGAGGGAGAGGGCAUGGGGGCUCGUGAGCGGGAGGUUGGAGAGGGCGCCAGGGAGAGGGGGUGCCAGCGAAGAUCACGCCGCAAAUCCCGGCGCCAGGGAGAGGGCGCGGAGAGGGCGUGGUGCCGGCGAGGGAGAAGGCGCGGCGCGGUGCCGGCGAGGGAGAGGGCGUGGCACGGUACCGGCGAGGGAGAGGGCGCAGCGCGAUGCCAGAGAGAGGGCGCGGUGCCCUCUGCGCAUAUCCAUGGCGUCAGGGAGAGAGCGCGGAGAGGGCGUGGUGCCGGCAAAGAUCAUACCGCAAAUCCCGGCAUGAGAUUGGAGAGUGUGCGGAUCUCGGCGACGGCACCGCCAUGUGCACCUCCUCCACCCCCACCCCUCGCUCUCCCUCGACCACCAGCCCCUUUGCUCGCGAGCGCGUUAGCCCCGUCUCCCCCCUUCCCUUACUCUAGCCUCGCCCUCUUCGCCAGGCAGGGGGAGGUCGAAGAGAGCGCGGAUCCCAGCGGGGAGAUCAGUGAGAGAUCGAAAGACAGAUGGGGGAAGAAAAGAGGAGAAAGGAGGAAAGAGAACGCCGGAAGAAAAUCUCGGUAG